AUGGCUUCGGAACAACCAAAGAAAGAAAAUACGGUUUCGACGAAGUGGGGUCCAGUUUUAAUUUUCAAUGGCACCAACUACCCCUUCUUCGAAAACUCGGUCGUAAUGGCUAUGGCGGCAGCAAACGCACUGGGAUUUCUCGACGACACUGAAACAAUAGUAGCGGUACCAGCAGAAACAGACUCCGAUAUACAGUGCAGAAUAUACCAAAGCUACAUAAAAAGAAAAGGCUAUGCAAUCUCUAUUCUCAACUCCGCCAUAAAUGAAAUUCAACGUGCUGCAAUUGUCGAGCUUAUUCAAGCCGGUGAUAUAACGGGAAGUUGGAAUAAAUUAGUUGCAAUGGACCCCGCACAACACCCCUCAUUUGUUACCAAUGUGCGCGAUACCAUCUAUGAAGAGACUUUCGACCCAAAAACUCAAACAAUACGGCAAUUCAUCGAUAUCCUACUGAGCCAUCAAAUGAUGAUUUCUACGAGCAAAUGUGGCAUCUGCGAUUUGGAACUAAGAUCGGUACUUCUUGAGAAGCUUCCCAAUACUGGCAUCUGGCGUUCUUCGAGGGACUUCGCUAUCAAUAUGAAGCUCUCACUCGAAAAGACUAUUCUGCUUCUUGUCGUAAUGGCAAGCUUGCCGAUCCCGAAAUCCGACACAAAUGAUGGAGAUGCAGUAAAUACAAUCGUCAAAAAGAACGAUAAAAGAAGAGGUAGUGAAUAUAGAUUUGAUAGAAGAAAAAUAACGAAGUCUAUUAUUUGA